GGUCUCGCAGCGAUGCACGCGUGUUAUGCUGUCGAAUACGUGGAGUACUUACAAGAGUACGUUUGAGCGACAGCGAUCAGGGUAUCUGCAAGAGUUAGUCACGAGGAACGCAACAUCGCGUGUUGCCAUUAUUUCACUUGAUACCGCGACAGAGUUCGAAGACGUCAAAGAGAAGGAAGGUAUGGCCGAGCGAUACAUCACGGAUAGCGCGUCGUCGUCUACGACGUUAGUGCCUCACAAGGAGGAAAUCGCCUCCUCAGACGCUGUUUUCCGCACCGAUUUGAGCGAUUCUGUGGGAACAGUCCUUCCAGGCAUACAGCUCUCAGCACUUUCUCGUGAAGACCUGGCAAACUUGGCAUCCUUGGUCACUGCCCGUGGAGUCCUCUUCUUCGAAAAUCAGGAUGGCUUCGACAAGUCAGCCUUGAACCGCAUAGUGGCACUCUUUGAUCCAGCGGACGAUUCCACCAAUCCGAAAGAUGACAUAGGACGGAAAGGCCUGAGUGAACAGACAGCACCCCUUCAAGCGCAGGACCAAUGGCACACAGAUGCCAGCAACGAGUCUUCGCCACCCAGCAUCUCCUUGUUGCAAAUCGAAGGCGAAAGCGAAGACGUAUGCGUAACAGCGUUCGUAUCGCAGUAUGGUGUAUAUGACUCGCUUAGCAAGCCUUUGCAGAGCUUCCUGGACGGAUUGACCGCCGUGCAUUCGUCUGGACAGCGCAGCGCUGAACAUCCGGCCGUGCGAUCGCAUCCUGUUUCGGGAUUGAAAGCGUUGAAUGUUACACCGCAGAAUGUUCAAAGAUUUCCAGAGCUGAAUAAGAAGGAGUCAGAUAAACUACUCGAGCUCCUCGAGUUCCAGAUCCACUCAUCCGCAGAGCAUACAAUCCAGUGGAAGUGGAAACCAGGAGACAUUGCGUUGUGGGACAAUCGCUGUGUUGCGUACCGACACAUCUCGAAUGCCCCUACUAUAGAGCAACGUUCUACGAAACAUACUUUCUUGCACGAAAAGCCAUACCUCGAGCCCACAAGUGAGUCCCGCGUAUCUCGUACCUCUCGUCUCGCAGCCGAAGAGCAGUCCGAACGGGAACGAGUCGCACAAAUCAAAGCACGUUACAACAACACGCCUCUACGCCGCAUACUCGCCCGCCAGCUGAGUAAAGAGGUCACUCCUAUUCGAAUACCAUCCGCGACAGAGCCACAACACGGGACUCCCAGCCCUGCAGAUACUGUCAUUGCUCUCCAAGAUGCCUCCGAACCAGAGAGCAUUGCCCAAAUCAAAGCGCGCUUCAAUAACACGCCGCUCCGGCGCAUACUGGCGCGCCAGACGAGCAGAGAUGCCAGUCCAAUUGAUUCUUCACCAACACUUAAGGAGACGAAGGUUAUCGUCAGCCCGGUCGACUCUGUCAUGUCAGAACAAGAUGCAGAGGAACUGGCGCAGUCGACGGUCUCGGAGCACCGGCAGAAGCGCAUGGAGGAAUGGGCCAGUGGUAUUGACGACGGACUGCAGGUGCAGAAGACGAGGAGUGUGCCUGUAAAGAGGAGUAAUACGCCUCUGAGGAGGAUAUUGGAAAGGCAGGUGUCCGCGUCGUUGGAGCGGAGGCUACAAUGGAGUUAG